UCAUCUCCUUGCAUCACCAUUCUUACUCCAUAUCUUCUCUAUCUUCAGUAUCGUUUUAAGAGUAUCUUUGUGCAUCACUCAAUUACUCUUUAUUGUAGCAGUUGUGCUGAAUCUAGCUUUUUAAAGUGAAUUCACAAUGAAAAUUUCCACACUUGAGCAUUGUUUUGCCAUUUUAAUCCUAAACGCUUCUUUCUUCUUUCUCCUUGCAUCAACCCAAGUUGGAGUAGCUGCCUCAAACUCAAACUUAUUUCGAGAAUACAUUGGAGCUGAGUUCAAAGGUGUCAAAUUUUCGGAUGUGCCCGUUAACCCAAAUGUUAAUUUCCACUUCAUUUUGUCCUUUGCUAUUGACUACGACACUUCAACUUCUCCUUCUCCUACCAAUGGAAAAUUUAACAUCUUUUGGGACACCAAAAAUCUUAGCCCUUCUCAAGUUUCUUCCAUCAAGCGAAACCAUUCAAAUGUUCAGGUAGCCCUUAGUCUAGGAGGAGACACUGUGGGAAGUAUAUUUGCUUACUUUGAUCCAUCUUCAGUUGAUUCAUGGGUUUCCAACGCGGUUUCUUCACUCACCAAAAUAAUCAAGGAGUACAAUUUAGAUGGAAUUGACAUUGACUAUGAGCAUUUCAAGGCAGAUCCAGACACUUUUGCUAAGAGCAUUGGAUUGCUAAUCAAAACCCUCAAAAGCAGCAGGGUCAUCACUUUUGCUUCUAUUGCUCCUUUUGAUGAUGAUCAAGUUCAGAGUCACUACAUGGCUUUGUGGAAGAAUUAUGGGCACCUCAUAGAUUAUGUCAAUUUUCAAUUUUAUGCGUAUGACAAAGGUACUACCGUGUCUCAAUUUAUCAAUUACUUCAAUAAACAAAGCUCAAAUUAUAAUGGUGGGAAAGUCUUAGUAAGUUUCAUUAGUGAUGAGAAUGGUGGAUUGAUCCCUGAUAAUGGGUUCUUCAAUGCAUGUCGUACGCUCCAGACUAAGCAGAAACUUUAUGGUAUCUUUGUGUGGUCAGCUGAUGACUCCAAGGCAAAUGGUUUCCGCUAUGAGAAGCAAUCACAAGCCCUUUUGGCUACUCCCAAUUAAAUUUUAAGUCUGUAUAUUUAAGAUCAAUUUUAAUAUUUUAGUGCAUGCCUUUAAUGGUUGUUAUAUUCAAUAUGUGUAAGCAAAUUGUGUACUCUUGAUAUUCAAUAUUGGAAUUACAUUUGACUUUAUCAUUUUGCCAAUAAACAGU